GCAUUCGCGCCAAUUGCGCCAUGAUUUUGCAGUUGCUUGAAUAUAUCGUUGGAUUUGCUGGUAUCAUUGCGCUUUCGGUGUUGUGUUUGCAUCAUGGCCGCCAUAUCUCCUCGCAGCAUUGCUCGGGACGGAUUGAGUAAGCCUGUUCAGGAUGAACGUUCGCCUCUUGUCUCGGUCGCGGAGACCUCGGAGCCGGAAAACCAUACCGUCGACAACAGUGGUGAACGCGAAUUCGGAGGUGCCGUCGGCGUGAGCGCGAUGAUGAUUGGAUUUCCUCUUCUCAUGUACUACAUGUGGAUCGGUGCAACUUUUUACGAUGGUCAUAUUCCUACUCGCGAGCCUGGACAAUCCUGGAGCGCAUUUUUCAACCAUCUCUUCGACCUUUGUUACGAGCAUGCAUUCCCCCACGUCAAGGCUUGGACUAUCUACUGGACGUUCUUGAUUUUCGAAGGCGCUUGCUACCUGUACAUGCCUGGUGUCUAUGGUAAAGGCAAGAGAUUGCCAAGUCUUGGAGGCAAGCAGUUGGAAUACUACUGCUCAGCCGUGUGGAGUUGGUACACGACUAUCAUUCUGGCCAUCGUUCUUCAUGUCUCUGGAUUAUUCCCUCUUUACACUCUCAUCGAUGAGUUCGGAAGCAUCAUGAGUGUGGCUAUAAUCUCUGGUUUCUUGGUCUCCAUUAUCGCCUACUUCUCCGCUCUUUCCCGCGGCGCCGAACAUCGCAUGACUGGCUCUCCCAUCUACGACUUCUUCAUGGGCGCAGAAUUGAACCCGAGAUUGUUCACUUGGUUGGAUUUCAAGAUGUUCUUUGAGGUUAGAAUUCCUUGGUACAUCUUGUUCUUGACCACACUGGGUGCGUGUGCGAGACAGUACGAGAAGUAUGGUUACGUGUCUGGAGAAGCCUGGUUCUUGUUAAUGGCGCAUUUCUUGUAUGCGAAUGCUUGCUCGAAGGGUGAGGAGUUGAUUAUUACCAGCUGGGACAUGUACUUCGAAAAAUGGGGCUUCAUGCUUAUCUUCUGGAACCUCGCUGGUGUACCUCUCUCCUACUGCCACUGCACUCUUUACAUCGCCAACCACGAUCCUUCCGAAUAUCACUGGCCAACCUGGGCUCUUGUGCUUCUGUUCAUCACUUACUUGUUCGUCUACUGGAUCUGGGACACAGCAAACAGUCAAAAGAACAUGUUCAGAGCGCAAGAAAGAGGUGUCGCUCUCAACAGAAAGACUUUCCCCCAACUACCGUGGAAGGCUGUUGAGAAUCCUGUGUUCAUCAAGACAAGAACAGGCGAUUCGAUCUUGUGCGAUGGGUGGUACGGCAAAGCCCGCAAGAUUCACUACACCUGCGACCUCUUCUUCGCCCUCUCGUGGGGUGCCAUCACAGGCUUCCACUCACCAUUCCCUUGGUUCUAUCCAUUCUUCUUCUCAUGCAUGAUUGUGCAUCGUGCCAUCAGAGAUAUCCAGAAAUGUAGAGCCAAGUAUGGAGAUGCGUGGAUGGAGUAUGAGAAGAGAGUGCCAUGGUUGUUCAUUCCAUAUGUCAUCUAGGUCGUCGAUAAAGAAAUGGGUAUUACUGAUCAGGAAAAACGAUAGACGGUGUAAGCAGAUUAAUGAACCAAAGACCGUUGACGAAGCUCUCAAGGACCAUCACCAGCAAGAGAACUUAUCAACAUCUAUAUCUCCAAGUUCCAAAAAGUGAUGAUGCUGCAGCACGUGCCGCGAGUUCCGGCAGAACGAUUGUCGUCGUAAGCCUGUCGAUCACAUGACCCCAUGGGGCUC